ACAGAGAUGUUUUGACUUUUAAUGUUAUUUUAAACGUUUAAAAUCAACUUUAACUUUAAAUGAUCAUUUGUUAAAUGACGUUAGUAUGUAUUUGCAGAGAAAUAAUAGGUAACUAGUUUACAAAAGGAGGGCACUAUUCACGGUUUAUCUGAUGGCAGGUUGUGACGGGUGCAACUGACUUGAUCUGGUUUAUGCGUGGUCAAUGGGCUUCCGUCCACAGCACUUUCCAUUUCUCCUGAUCUGCCCCGUGGACCCGCAGCUCUAUCAUGAGCGACGAUAAAGAGGGACGAGGUGACAACAGACCCCGCGGCACCGAAAAAGGGCAAGAACCCAACGUCAAACCGAAGCUCGACAGCAAAGGCAGUUUCAACCUGGGGACAUCGAAGCGGCAUAAGGCCGACAAGCCUAAAAGAAGUCGAAGUAACGAGGCAGAAAACCACCACCGGGAGGGCGGGCGAGGAAGAGAACAGGACAGAAAACAGGGAGAAAAGCGGCCACGGGGUCGCAGCGUGGAAGGAAGGGGUCAGGUCUACGACCCCGAGCCGAGAAACCCCGAGAACCAGCAACAUCAAGAUGACCUGGAGGACACGGAGUGCAUCGUGUGCUUCUGCAGCUUCGACAACGUCUUCAAAGCCCCUAAGUUGCUUUCCUGUGGACACACGUUUUGUUUGGAAUGCCUCGCGCGCAUCAACGUGAACUCGCCCGAGAUCAAGACCCUGUCGUGUCCCAUUUGCAGAGAGACCACGGAAAUCCGACACGGCCGAGACCUGCCACAGCUGGGGAAUAAUGAGGACAUCUUCCGCAGGCUUCCCCCCGACAUGCAGAGGGCGCUGUCCGUACGCUUCAAGCGCAGUAAGGGCAAACUCGUCCUCAAAAAAACCUCAACACACAAUCCCAUUAAGAGCACCUUAAAUCUGCCGGUGUUUAAGAAGAAAGAAGAGCAGGUGAUCAAUUUCCCCAUUGGAGUCAUGGAGGAAGGUCUCGGCUCUGCGACUAUGGUCAACGUCGGGAGACCUCCUAGCAGGAUGAGAACUCAGAUGAGAAGGUUUUUGUAUUCCAACCAGUGCUAUUACACAACGGUGGGGGCCAUUAUCGCAGUCACUUUGGCUCUUAUGCUGGUCGGGAUCUUUACCUUCAUGAUCAUGCCUCAUUUGAAACCAUUAAAACCAUCUGAACUGAAUCAAACUAGUUCAAACACAAAGCCUUGACAGAUGACAAAAUACGCAUACACAAGCAUAUGAUGGUUGAAGGUGAUAAACAAAGCAAUGUUGGUGGAGUCCAUUCCAUUAUACACAAUGGUGUAUAAAGAACAAUGCUUUGUUGUUGUGUAGGAUGCUGCACAAUGCGUUGUAUAGACGUAACCGGAAAAACGUAAAAAAUGUGAUGCACAGCAGUCUUUUGAACACAGACAUUUUUACAGACUGAGAACAAAAGGUGACAGUGACGUAUGUACCGUCAAUGACGGACGGUGUUUUUCUUACUUUAAAUCCCUUUAAAUAAUAAUUAUUACAUUUUUUUUCUGAACGGGCUGGAACUGGCUAGAAAAAAGAUUAAUAUACAAUAUCACGGCUCCAGUUGAUCUCAUGAAGACCUUCAAUGCAUUUCUGUGUACUCGAAUGUAGCCUAUGCAUUUCUUAAUAAAUAUUUCUGAAUGAUGCAAAUGAUCUUAGAUUUAAAAUGUACAUUUAAACAUAAGUAUAUGCAAAUGUUCCAAAAAAAUGUACUAAAAAUGCAUAAUGUAUAUUUCUGCUGCGCAUAAUGUAAAAAUAUAUUCUCACGUAUAAAUGUGUUUAUAAAAUGUCGUGUUCUUUUGCACAGAUUGGGAGAGGUCGCUUGGAAAAGUUAAAAAUAAUUCAACUUGUUUGUUAUCACUCUCUGUGUUCGUAACCCUUCACCCUUAGGAGUUGAUGAGCCCAUGACCUUGGGAUUGAUAUGUGCUGUCACAUGUCUUCCUUACAGUCAUGUCACAAUGUCACAGAAGACGUAGUAAAUGGAGCUUGAACAUACUUGACUGUUUUGAGUUAGGUAUUUUGUGUACAGUACAUAAAGGAAAAACGGACAAAUCAUGCUCAUACAUAUUCAAUAUACGCAGAGGGAUGAUACAGCAUUGCAAUGCUAUUACAUGGCUCUCUGGAAAACUUAAGUCGAUAUAUUUUAAAUAAGGACCAAUAACAGUCUACAGGGAACUGAUUUCAUGUCUCUGAUUACGUGUAAUUCCAAGGUCUGUUUCUUCUCCAAUAGUAAAAUGAUUUAAUGCUAAUCUCCUUUACAUUCAUGCAUUUGGCAGACGCUUUUAUCCAAAGGGACUUACAGUGCAUUUUCACUCUAAAAAACACUGGGUUAAAAACAACCCAACUUGAGUUGUUUUUAACCGCAGCUGCUGGGAAAAUAUAGGACAGAACACAUGGGGUUAAACUCACCCAUAAAUUGGGUUAUUAAUUUUAACCCAGCAAAUGGGUGGUUUUUCGACCCAAAAAUGGGUUAUUUUUUACAAAAAUACUGGGUUAAUUUGAUUUCAUAAAUGGGUUAUAUUUUCAAAUGUUUUUAUAUUCUUUUUAAAAUAAUCG